GUAUAAUCGGCGCGUACACAUAAUGAACGAAACACGCACAGUUCUGUCCAACAUUUCGCACAAUAAAAAAAGAACAGUUUCCCGACGGACGACAACUUAGAGAGCAUAGUCGUGUGUAUUCUUAGUCAGCAAUUCAACACAAUUUUGCGUAAAAGCAUAACUCUAUAUUUUGUCGUAAUGCGUUAAGAGCGUAAGCGCAGGCUGAUAAACGGGUAUAUGUCUCAUUGUCAGGCUGAAUAAAAAAUGAGUCGGAAUACCUUCAUUCUAUUGAACAUACUGUGUUUUGGUUAUUGGCCUCAGUUACAGUCAUUACCUCAACCCGAUGGCAAGCGAACGAUGGAAGGACGAUAUCGCAUACGCAAUGACCCCUUUCAAAUUGUUAACUUGGCCCAUUGGCGUCUGGCCGCUUCAAGUUUAUAACAUCUAUUCGCUAAUACGAUGCAUCUUAGCCACUUGUUGCAUGAGCAUAAUAGUAAUCUUACCUACCAUGGAAAUUCACAUGGGUUGCACCGAUGCGGAGCAGAACAUUGAUAGCAUCAUGUUGAUCUUCUGCGGUGUACUAGGAGUGCUAAAGACAAUAUGUUUUCGCAUUUAUGCGGAAAAUUUAACUAACAAUUACGGCUCAGCCAGGGAUGAUUAUUUGACAAUUAAAAACACGGAGCAUCGUGCCAUCAUGCGAAAACACGCCUUCAUUGGGAGAAUUCUCUCCUGUUUCAUGGUGUGCUUCUCUUACUUUAGCGUGACGAUAUAUUCGCUAAUUCCUCUCCUGGGCGAUGACAAAGAUAACCAGAUGAACAUAACGGACGAAGACGUUAUGCUAGAAUAUCCGAUGCCAUCAAGAUGCGCGUUGGAAUAUUUCAGUGUCCCGGAGAGCUUGCAUAGGAUUAUCUGUUUCAUCGAAUUUAUCGUGCUAGUACUUACGUGUACUUGUAAUCACGGUAACGAUUCUCUGUUUCUCAACAUCACACUACACGUUUGUGGCCAAGCAAAAAUUUUGAAAGCCAAUUUCAUCGACUUUGAUGUUUCAAGUUCGCAAGUCUACGACCGUUUUAACGCUUUAAUUCACAGGAAUAGCUAUCUGAUAGAAAUGGCUAAGGAAUUGGCCAAUACGAUCAGUUUUGUUUUAUUGAUGCAGUUAUUUCUUAGCAGCAUCCUAUUAUGUAUAAUGGGGUUUCAAUUUAUCUUAGCGUUAAAAAGGAAUGAUGCCGUCAUGAUGGGGAAAAGCUUCAUGGUAUUGUGUACUUUCUUGACACAACUAACAGUGUAUAGUUUCGUUGGGGAUUAUCUGAAAUCCCAAAUGGAAGAGAUUGGACUUUUUAUUUAUCAGAGCGUUUGGUACGACCUUCCUGCAAAAUUAACGAAAAAUUUAAUCUUCGUCAUUAUGCGGGCACAAUUUCCCGUCAAAUUGCAAGCUGGAAAUUUUAUUGUGGUAAACCUGGCAACUUAUAUGAGCAUCCUGAAAACCUCCAUUUCGUAUUUAUCCGUACUCCGCGUAAUGGUAGAAACAUGAGAUAUAAAAUAAUGCGUAUAAUGAAAGAAUCUUACAAAUUAAAAAUGUUUUGAGAACAUUCAGAAAUAUAAAAAUCUGUAGAAGCAAAAGUUUAUUAUAAUGUGGUUUUUUUAAUAAAACUAGUUAUAAUCAUAUCAUAUGACCAUCCAUUCGUGCCAAAUCUCAACAAUUCUUUUUCGCAUAAUAUCAAAUAUACAUACAAAUAUACUACU